AUGAACGGCGUUCGUUUUAGGUCACCCACUGUUGUAAAACCCGAAGUCGCCAACGGAUCUGCUUCGGGUCAUCAUACACUGUCAAACAUACGCGACUCUCAGUCACAAACCGCACCCCGCGUAUCCUUCGCACGUACGCAACCACGUGCACCUUAUGAUCAGGCUGCCCAAUCCACCACCUAUCAUGUCCCUCCCGGCCAAUGGAUGCCCCCGAAUGCAACUCAUGAUCAGCCUGAAAUGGUCGACACUCCUGGGUCUCCUCCAGAUCUUCACCAGUACAGGACACCUAUAAAGUUUCACGCCCAUUCUCCUCCUCCUCCUGAACGUGAGUACAUCACCAUUCUACCCCAGAAUGACUCGAUCAGUGGCCACGGUCUCUCGGAACAACGAAUAUAUCACUCUCAAACGCCGCGCAGAAGCACACCGCAAGCAGAAUCACUCAUUGAAUCAGACCUUCACCAGCGCUCGACAUCUACAAAAUCUUACGCCCAUUCUUCUCGUCCUGAACGUGAAUACAUCACUAUUCCACCCCCGAUUGACUCAAUUAGCGGCCACGGUCUCCUGGGACAACGAAUCUAUCUCCCUCAGGUAGCGUCUGGUAUUUCUCCACAAACGCCGCGCGGAAGCAUACCUCAAGUAGGCUCACUUGUUGAAACAGAUCAUCGCCGGAUUCCCCAGAUAGAGGCUGUCAUCAACCCUUCAGCCCCUCUCAAUGCCACGUCACACCCAGCUAGGGCACCUCCCCCUUCUAGCUACUUCAUCGACAAGGACAUGAAAGUGUUCUAUACCGAACAAGGGACCGAUAAACUACUGGGCCGGCUCAAGCUAUACAACGCCGACUCCAAGAGCACAAGUGACAGAAAACCCCGAUACAUUGAUUGUGUGCGUUUAGGUGAAGGCCUACUUGACUUUCCCUUGGUCCCAGAAUCUUGGCUUUUGUUACCAGGCGACAUGUUCUUGCUUCAUAGCGACGAUAAAAACAUGAUGGCUGAGCGGAUGUGGCUCCAGGACAAACACGAGACCUGGCAGGAUAUCACCCAUCAAUGGAAUUUGCGCAACGGCAUCAACAACAUGCUUGUGCCCCACCCAAACGAAAAGGACGCAUAUCUAACAUGGGGCAGGGGUGAUCGGCCAAACUGGGUGAAAGGCGAGACUAUGAAGAAUAAAGCGAAAACAUGA